CAGUGGACGUCGUUGUCCGUCGGUGGGGAGCUGGAGCCGGAGCUGCAAACAGAAAAACAGGAAACAGAGAAAAGCAGCCGUUUAUCAACGUUAGAGCAGCGUGGAACCUGAUGGACCUGAUGGAAGUGUUUUUGGGAUUAUCUUUCCUGUGCCGUGUUUUAGGUUCACACUUUUAAUGGCCGAGCUGGUUUACGUGGCUGAUACCAAAGGGAUUCCUGGGCCAUUUGAUAACAACAUUUAAACAAACGUAAACGUUAUUUAACAGUGAACAUUCUAUCUGUUGUUUGUUUUUUAAAAUCAGAUUUUAAUCUGGAUUUUCUCUGUGGCAGGGAUAAAAGUCCACUCCCCAAAUAGUAUAUGACCGCCUACAUUCCCACUUUGUUUUGAACCCUCUUUCCUUUUUGGGAGCCUGUUGUGUGUUUUUUUUUGUUUUUUGUUUGUUUUUUGUUUUUUCAGAGGAAGAUUAGGCCUCCAAGCUUUUUAAUGUUUUAUAAACUGUGCUAAGAACAACCAGAAGCUGUAGUGCUCUACUGUACGUUUUCAACCAUUUUUUCCUCAGACAAUGUAAAUGGUCUCUUAUUCAACAUUUAAACAAAGGCUGACCUGCAGCAACACUACCAUUCCUUCUAUUACCUUUACUGUAUGCUUAUAUAUAAACUUGCAAACGCAAUAAUCUAUAAUCUCAGGUAUUGAAAGCACAGAAAGCUCUAGAAGGACAUAUCUCCCAUUGCAGUUCCCCUCCUCCCACUUCUGUCUCACACCAAAGGUUAGGAGCCACACUGGGAUUAUGGAGGACCAGGCCCGCCUCAUGUCGGGUCACAUGGGACCAACAGGACAGUCCCGGGAGGACGUGUGUGACCCUGGCGGCAUAAGGACACACCGUGACCUCGGCCAGACACAGCGGGACAUUGGUGACAUCCUCCAGAAGAUCAUGGCCAUCACAGAUGAGAGUCUGGAGGAGGCCCAGGCCAGAAAACACGCGUUAAACUGCCACAGACUGAAGCCCGUCCUCUUCGGCGUCCUGUGUGAGGUGAAAGAAACGACAGCUCUGAACAUGGGCGACAUCAAGGAUGAGACUCCUCCAGACCCUCAGGUCAUGCGACUGGACAACAUGCUGAUAGCUGAGGGUGUUGCAGGUCCUGAGAAGAGCGGGGCCUCUGCAGUGGCGGCGGCGACAGCAGCAGUUUUUGCAGCAGCAGCAGCAGCAGCGGGAGGAACGCCUGACGAUGAGGACGCAGAGCAGGCAGACUACAGAGAGAAGCUUGCUCAGAUACGACAGAUCUACCACGCUGAGCUCGACAAAUACGAACAGGCAUGCCGGGAAUUUACCAGCCAUGUGAUCAACUUACUAAGGGAGCAGUCCCGUUCGCGACCCAUCUCAUCCAAAGAGAUUGACCGAAUGGUGGAAAUCAUCCAGCGCAAAUUCAGCAGUAUCCUGACGCAGUUGAAGCAGAGCACGUGUGAAGCAGUCAUGAUCCUUCGCGCCAGGUUUUUAGAUGCCAGGAGGAAACGUAGAAACUUCAGCAAACAGGCCGUAGAGAUUUUGAAUGAAUAUUUUUACUCCCACCUGGCAAACCCCUAUCCCAGUGAGACGACCAAAGAAGAGCUGGCCAAGAAGUGCUCCAUCACCGUCGCUCAGGUGGGCAACUGGUUUGGGAACAAGAGGAUUCGCUAUAAGAAGAACAUUGCCAAGUACCAGGAUGAAGCGAGUGUGUAUUUCAUGAAAGCAGCUGAGGACUCUGCAAGUGUGUCGUCCCAGGAUAGUCAGCUCAACUCUCCUGUCACACCAAACUCAGGUUGGUGAUGACUGGUUGGCGUGACAGUGGGUGAUGUCCCUCCUCCCAUCGCCAAAUGAUUCUGUACUUUGUCCCUCCUUUCAUCCUCGUCCAAUUAAUACAAACUCUGUAGACUGACCUUCAGCUGAGCUGUGAGCAAACUCUACAGUGUUCAUUGAGUCUCCCUUUCACAUUGUCACCACUGUUUGGACACUUUCAGAUAAAACGGAACUAUUGCUCUUUGUUUAUCUUCAUUAAUAAAUCAGUGAUGAAGAGUUAGAGUUUGUAAAUGGCCUUGAGCCACAUCCUGGAUUCAAGGUUUUGUCUCAGACAGUAAAACCAGUCACAACCACAGUAGCUUAGGGUCGAAUAUGCAUGUUAAACUAGUUUUUUUAAGUUGAAGUAGAAAGUAGGUUGUUUGAAUAAACACAUUAUCACUCUUUUACAAGAA